AUGAUAAAUGAUAUAAUAUUAAUCAAUACUGAAAAUGUAAAAACUCCAAGUGAAGAAAAGAAUGUUACAAAAAGUGAUGAAUUAAAAUUGAGAAUAUACGGAUGCCAGUUAUUACAAGAAGCUGGAAUAAUUUUAAAACUGAAGGCUGUGACAAUAGCAACUGGCCAGGUUUUGUUUCAUCGUUUUUAUUUUAAAAAAUCGCUUACUGAUUAUGACGUGAAGAUUAUAGCUCCCGCAUCACUCUACUUGUCUUGUAAAUUAGAAGAGAACUUUUGUCGUGUUUAUAAAAUAAUUAGCACCUUUUAUUUUUUAUAUAAAUAUGAAGAUUUAAAGAGCAAACACUAUUAUUUUGAUCUGAAAAAUAUCAAGUUAGAGCAUUUUAAGAUAGACAUAGAAUCGCAAGAAUAUAAAAAUAUGAAGGUUGAUAUUUAUACUUACGAACUUCUGAUAUUAAAAGAGAUUGGAUUUUUAGUUCAUAAAAUAAUUCAACAUCCGCAUUUAUUUCUUUUACCUUAUAUUCAUUCUCUUUUUAACAACUUGAACAAAUUUGACGGUGAUAUAACAAAAAAAUUAGCACAAAUUGCGUGGGGAUUUUUAAAUGAUAGUAUGCGAACAACCCUUUGCUGUGAAUAUCAGCCACGCUGUAUAGCAGUCGCUAGCAUUUUCCUAGCUUCUUACAAAUUAAAUAUACCAUUAAUUAAAAGCACGAAUUGGUUCAAGCUAUUUGAUGUAGAAUACGAUGACAUAAAAAGAAUAUGCAUCCGAAUUUUGCAACUGUACAAAAUAGGACGCUGUCAGUAUAUAGAUGUUUUAACAAAAAAAUAA